AUGAAUGGACUGGACUACAAUGAAGUCAUGUUUGCCGAUGACAUCAAGUUAUGGCGAGAGAUCAACGGGGAACAGGAUGAAUGGGCCCUGCAAGAAGGACUGAACCGCCUAUGCGAAUGGUCUGACAAAAGGCUGCUAAAGUUUAACCUUGAGAAGUGCGUCGCGCUGCGACUCAAAACGGCUGGAAGAGGCGACGGAGAGGAUCACUAUUACCAACUUGGUGGAAGGUACCUUUCAAAUGUAACCGAACAAAAAGAUCUUGGGAUCAAAAUUUUAUCAACCCUUAAGCCUUCCUCUCAGUGCGUUAGAGCAACCAAAAGGGCAACCAGAUUUCCCUUUGCCAUUAAACGAACUUCCAUAGACAUAGACAAAGAGUUAUUUAGAAAAGUAUACGGAGCGUUCAUUAGUUCGUCUGGGAUAUGGAAUCCAAGCGUGGUGCCCGUGGCUAAAAAAGACUUUAAGUUGCUAGAAAGAGUUCAGAAGAGAGCGACAAAAAUUGUGAAAGGGCUCAGGAUUUUACCUUACAACUGCCGACUUAAUGAACUUAAACUCUUUCCUCUUGAAUACAGGCAGGUUCGAGGAGAUCUCAUACAGGUGUAUCAGAUAUUGAGGAACCGGGACUGUGUCCUACACCUGGACGAUUUCUUCACCCUGGCCACAACAACAAACCUGCGUGGGAACUCUCUUAAACUUAGAGGAUCCCGAUGCCGCCCGGACGCUCGAAGAUACUGUUUUUCAAAGCGAGUCGUCGGUGCCUGGAACGGGCUUCCCGAGGACGUAAUAGUAGCGGAUACCACGGAGACGUUCAAGCAAAGACUAGAUGUAUAUUUGCUUGGAUAAUACCGCUUGUCUGGACAGAACAGCUCUGUGGUGCCAACCCAACGCCUUGCAUACACCUACCGCUAAUGCGGAUGAUUGUCAUUUCAUUUUACCGAUAUCAUCUACAAGCGGGUGUUCUUGAGUUUCGGUCCUGCAUUUUCAACGGAGAAUAUUCUUCAAAGUGUAUAUAUUACUGACAACAUUUUAGUGCUAUGUUUAUUUAAAGUUUGAUAUUGCAUGCACCGUUGACAGUAGGCUUUUCAAAGGCAUUACCUAUUACCCUUAAAAUAUCCUGACCAACAUACUGACCAAUCAUUCUUAAAUUUUUAAGUGGAGUUUUUUUUCCCCUCUGUCAAAUCAUUUUUCUCAACGGACUACUAAUUCCGAAACUAUUAAUUGCAUUUUGUGCAGAUAUUGCUUACCUCGUCUAAAAUUCGCAUGCAAAUUUAGUUAUACUUGCUUUGAUGGUACCCCGACGGGUCUUUAAUAAAAAUUAUUAUUAUUUAUUUAUAUUAUGGCAGCAUUCCUUGAUCCGAUCUGCGUGAUUGACAAUUUCUCUGGUAGGAUGCUCGUGCCGAGCAUGGGCAAAAUCUGCUGCAUGGGAACUCAUAGCUUAUCAAUCCAGAUCUUCCGGAAAAUCCUGUCGUUCAUAUGAUGACCGAUAAAAAGGGAAACCACGAGUCCAUCGCUUGCAAAGGCGUUAGGUCUCCGAAUUGGACUUGGGUCGACAGUUGUCACGGAAUCCGAUUGGCUGAUUUGUCACACGCUGGAUUGUAGUGUCCUUCAACAGAGUUUAAAGGUAAUCAGCAGAAAUUGGUUCAAGGAAAUACUCGACGUCAAAAACGACAGCGGAAUGAAGGGAUUGAGUUACGCAUGAAGAACGUGAAUGAUCACUACUGAUCAGACGUGCCGAGAAAACGACUUCCAUUUGCCAAGCCAUAUGGAUGAGUUGUUCAGUGCAAAUGGGGGCAAUUUGAAGAAGAAGGUACCGACGUCUAGGGAGUCUGCGUUGGACUCUUUAUCGGCCAUAUGAAGUAGAAUAGCGUGCAAAAUAAUGGGAUCGCCAAUUUUGUAUUAUAAACAACAAUUAAAACCAAAAGAAGUAAAAUAUAUGAGAAACGACUGAACUCUAAGUAGCGACAGGAAAACUGUGGAGGAACGGCAAUGCUAAAAUGUUGUGAAGACUACAAAAACCAACUUUUCUCCAAUAUCAGGUUACCGUCGUUGAGUAAGGGGCGUUCUGGGUAAAGUCCAGGAAGUUCUCAACUGAAGCCGAUUAGGAGAACUUGUUUCUCGGAUAUAUUCACGUUCGACGAGAUGCGAUCCAGAAACAGAAACUUAUUGUUGCAAUUUACUUAGACGUAAUCAAUAAAGCACUAAAACCAGGCAAUAUGCGAACACGGAAUAUGCGUCCCCUCCAGGCGAGUUGGUUGUUGCGUGUAUUAACAAUAGCAUAACAAAUGUACGAAAAAAUGAAGGUGUACAAGAAAAUGCGAAAGGAAAAUUCGAAAAUUUGCGUCCUUACAAAGUUUGUUGUCUUACGCAACUCGUAUAUCAAACCUACCACUCCUUCCUCUACGUCAUAGGUAAUUGCGCGGAGACCGCUUAUAUUCAUUCUGCGUUCUAAAGUGAUUGCGCUGUAGCCGCAUCCUCGACGAUUUUUUUUGGCUUAUCUACCGUUACCGACUUCUAAUUUUGCCUAUUAAAACUGUGCGUUCAGCCGCCAGGGCAGGGUGUGAAGUAAUUUUUCCUUCCCUUUAGGGUCGUUAGAUAACUGGAUACCUUUUCUGUCUAUACUGUAAUGCCACCAUCGAUAGGAAGCUCUAAAAGGAAUUUUGACACGUAUAUGGUGUAAAAUGUGCCGGAGCGAUGACAGAUUGAAGUCAUCCCAUUAAACUCGUGUUCGAUUAUUCAUAUUUUAUGGCUCAUUUUGAAGUGUUGUAAACACACGGUUAUUCUAUGUCACGCCAAUUUCCUACAAUAAGCUAAAAUGAACAAAAGGAUCUGUUUGUGCUGAACCUUGGAUUCUUUAUUCUUGCACCGGAAAAGGGCGGGAUUACGAAAUACGACAUGAAUAGGCCUGCAAGGGGUCGGCCACCGAGAGUUGCAUGCCUGAGAGUAUCUCACCUUCCCAAGCACUUUGAGGAAAAGGAAUUAAGGAAAUAUUUUGGACAGUUUGGCCCUGUACAUGGCGUCUACGUUCCUAGAUCAAUAAAAGUAGUCAUGUGGCUUAUCAAUAAUUGUAAUUAGAGUCUAAGACCGAAAGGACUUGCGUUAAUCUUGGUAGACAAGGAAGCCGCCCCCAUAAUAGCGACAACCGUUCACAACGUCCUGAACUUUAACAGGAUAAUGAAAUGUGAGUUUUACCAAUUCUCUCAAUACCAUGUCUCGAACCUGCAAUUACAGUUUUAUGCGUCUUUUUGUCGCGGAAUCUUCAUUGCCUUCUUUCACGACGUCUCCAUUUUCGCCUGCUGCCACCAUAUGUAGACAUUGUGCAACUUGCUUUGGUCAAUCUGUCCCAAGUAGUAUUUUAUCCUUUUUGUAAGAAUGGUCUUGACUAAUGUUGGAACCGAUUACUCGUCAAAGGUUCCUUCGAACUUAAUGCCUCCAUUAAUUUUUUAAAAUCGGGAAGGUGCAGUCCCGACUGACCUCCAUAAAAUCUUUGUAGAUCCCAAGUCAACAAUCGGAAGUUUCUCCGAGCGACCCUGAUCAGACAGUGGCGUCAUGUGCGAAACAUGUUUCCUCCAUAUGGAGGCCUAGGGGCACAGUCAUUUUGCUACGGCGCCUUUCUAUUUUUAUCCGUUAUGGUUUAGUGUGUAGGUCGGCCUUAUUCGUCCAGGAACAUGCUCCCGCCUUUUAUGCGAGCGGUCUGCCUUCUUUAUGAGCCACAUAUGGCGCCGAGUUUCCCCGACGCGAUGCCAUUUCGGGUUGCCAACGCUCAUUUUACACUCAAAGAGCACCAGCUUGAAUGAAAGCUGUAUUAAGCACAAAAAUCGGGCACAUACACUUGUUUGUCCAGAUUACUUUAUCAAAGAUGAAAGUUUUAUAGAGCUCGCGAACUCACUCUAUUCAUGUUUGUCUGGGCUGUCGCAGAAAGUCGUUUAUCGGUCUCCAAAUUGCAACCCAUCACGAAUUAGUGAAACCAAUAUUUUCGCCCGAAAUAGAAGUUGGAUGAUCGUGGUCCCGCUGGCAGCAAGUUUUCGGUAUCCGAAUUUGGAAUUACUUCAUGCAUGAAUCCACCCCCGGGGGCAUUGUGCCUUACGCAGUCAUCUGAAUCGAUCACUUCCCACCACAUCUCCAGUAUUUGACGCCGUCCGACUCACCCCCUAUUUACACGAUGCUUCGUUCACAGUUCAUCCCCUACAACCCUGGAUUGUCAGGUGCCAUUACCUUCGGUAAGGCAUCAGUGCUUUGAGCGCAUAUUAUCAGCCACAGAGACGAAUGACUUAUUGUUGUGCCGCGUUUGAAUAUUGGCGUUCUGUCUAAUGCGGCGACAAGACCACCCACCCUCGGGACAACAAAAUCUACGGAGUAGGUGUUAGGUACUUUAAUUUGUCCUUCGACAUUGAGCUGUUGAGAGCGUGAUGCAAACCAGGAAACACCCAGUUAAUCCCUCUUGAAUCGGGCACUCUCUUAAGCCAAAAGAAAUGUGCCAUGUCCUCGAAGUGUGGGAUGCUACCUAAGUCCUUGUUUCAGUUGACAGACAGUGAUAUGAGUAUUGCAAAAUAAGUGUCGUUUUGACAAUCGUCCGCAGCGAUCACUGUUGGCAUCUGGCCAAGACAUAUCACCACUGCCAACUACUGUCUCGAAAGCCUUUAUAACACUGCAUUGUCCCGUUGUCGUUAACCAACCCAAGUUAUCGCUUUGUACAGGUAUGUCUGUUUAAUGAUAGCCGUUUCGUCCUCCUGCACUAGGUGUUCAGAUCAGGGUGUUUAAAAGCUUUCGGGACUAAGGCGGUUCUACUUGUAUUCUCGAAUACUCCCUCUUUGUACCCACACGAGUCAUUUUAUUUUUUUCUAGGUGAAAUUACCAAGAACUAUGAUCCCCGUGUCUUCAUAAGGGAGCCACGGCAAGUUACCAAUGCCACGAAGGAGAAGCGCCGCCGCCUGACAGAUGCAGUCAAGAGUUCGUCCAAAGCAGCGUGUGGCAAAACUGUAGCUGCGGCCCGUCGACGAAUGUCAAGUUUCGCCAAUCGUGUCGCUGCUCUGAAAAAAAAGCUCCCCGACUACGAAUUUCAGAAAGCGGACACUUGA